AAGUCAGUCGUUAAAGAAGUUUGCACAUUUACGGACCUCGAUUUACCCUCUAAAUAACCUAUAAUGAAAAGAAGUUACGCAUUUCAAAAAAUAAAAGAGGUUCUGGGAGCUGUGAGUUUUUUUUUAAUUUACGUAGCAUUUUUUUCUGGUUGGAUUGUGUCUAUUCGCUUAAUUUUUUAUGGCAGUUUGUUUUGGAAGUCUUUAAUACUGAUUUACAUUUUAUAUAUUCAAAUAUCAAGCGCGAAGUGCAUUUUUACCAUCAAAGGAAAUGGCCUUAGAUUGGCGCGCAGCAAUUGGUUGUGGAAGAGUCUUCGCCGCUAUUUCCCCAUCGAGCUGGUCAAAACUGAAGAUCUACCCGCAAAUCGUCAUUAUUUAUUCGCCACUUUUCCACAUGGAGUCCUUACUUAUGGCAGUGCUGUUAACGCGGGAUUUGAUAUUGAUAAUUGGCUGGCCUUAUUUCCUGGUAUUCGACCCAAACAUACGGUUUUAAACCUAACCUAUGUAACGCCAUUACUUUACGAUUUUUUUCGCCUUUCCGGGUUCAUUUCGGUUUCGGAAAAAUCGGUGAUGAAUCAUUUAACAAGUCGCUGGAAGGGUGAUGGUUUCUCAUCUAACGGUGUUGUCAUUGUGGUUGGUGGCGCACAGGAGGCGUUGGACUCACGUCCCGGACAAUAUGAACUUUCGCUUUUAAAGCGCAAAGGUUUUGUUCGUGUGGCUAUUAAAAGUGGCGCUGCCAUUGUUCCCUGCUUUACUUUUGGUGAAGUUGAUAGCUUCGAUCGGUGGGACGGCAAAUGGGCUUUGAUGUGGCAACUGUGCGUUAAACGACUAACCGGUAUAUCGUUACCGUUAAUGAAAGGUCGUGGUGGUUUUCCAAUGCCUUUUAGAAGACGAAUAGUGCAAGUUGUUGGCGCACCAAUCGAAGUGCAACAAAGUGAUAUACCACGGCCCGAAUAUGUGGACGAAAUCCAUAAAAAGGUAGUUGAAGGUGUGAAUAAUUUAUUUGAAACGUAUAAACAAAAGUACAUAGACGAUUAUGAAAAUGUAAAACUUAUCAUUAAGUGA